CUCGCUGGUGCACGCGCUCGCAGUCUCCGUCACCCACCCGCUCCGGCACCAGCACCAGCACCAGCACCGCCGCCACCGCCCACCUUCUGCCGCCGCCACCACAGAUACUUUCUCCUCUGCUUUCCUCUACUGUCCUCGCCCUCUGUCAACUAUCAGGUGGCCCUUGAACCAGGAUGGCUGAGCCCCGCCAAGAGUUCAACAUGAUGGAAGAUCAUGCUGGGACGUAUGGGCUGGGGGACAGGAAAGAUCUUCCCUCCCAGGGGGGCUACACCCUUCUGCAAGACCGUGAGGGUGACGCAGACCAUGGCCUGAAAGAGUCUCCCCUGCAGACUCCCGCCGAUGACGGAUCUGAGGAACCGGGCUCUGAAACCUCUGAUGCUAAGAGCACUCCGACGGCCGAAGACGUGACAGCACCCUUAGUAGAUGAGGGAGCCCCUGGCGAGCAGGCGGCUGCUCAGCACCGCACGGAGAUCCCAGAAGGAACCACAGCUGAAGAAGCAGGCAUCGGAGACACCCCCAACCUGGAAGACCAAGCUGCUGGACAUGUGACUCAAGAACCUGGAAGUGUCAAGAUCGUCCAGGAAAGCAUCCUCAGAGAGCCAGGGCACGCUGGAGAUGAAGCCGCGGACCCGAGGACCCUGGGUCUCACCUACCAGCCUGUGUCCCACAUGCCUGGGGCUCCCAUCCUGCCUGAAGACCCCAAAGAAGCCAUGUACCAGCCUUCAGGGGCGGAACCUGAGGUUGCAGAGCAAAGCCGCCAUGGCCUGCGUUUGCUGGAACACCAGCUUUCGGGAGACCUACGCCUGGAGGGGCCACUUCCGAAGAGAGACCAGGGCAAAGAGAGGCUGCGGGGCGAGGAGGUCGAUGAGGACCGUGACAUCGAUGAGUCCUCACCCCAGGAAUCCCCUCCCUCCCAGGUCUCCCCAGGUCUGCAGAGCUCCCCAACCCAAGGGGGGCCAUCCCCACAGACAGUUUCCAGAGAAGCCACUGGCACCCCCGGUUUCCCAGCCGAGGGUGCCAUCCCCCUCCCUGUUGAUCUCCUCCCCAAAGUUUCCAUAGAGCCCGAUGGGCCCAGUGCACAGCCCACGGCGGACGGGCACGUUGGGCCCCCCGAGUUCACGUUCCACGUGGAAAUCAGAGCCAGUGUGCAGAAGGAACAGGGGUGUUCAGAGGUGGAUUGGGAAGGCACUGCACUUUCGGGGGGCCCCAGAGAGAAGCAAGCUCCCCAGGACCCUUCCGAGGGAGAGGACACAAAGAAGACUGACCUUCCAGAACCAUCUGGAAAGCAGCCUGCAGCUGGUCUGCCAGGAAAGCCCGUCAGCCGGGUCCCUCAACUGAAAGCUCGCAUGGUCAGUAAAGGCAAAGAUGGGACUGGAAACGAUGACAAGAAAACCAAGACAUCCACACCUUCCUCUGCUAAAACCCUGAAAAAUAGGCCUUGCCUUAGCCCCAAACGCCCCACUCCUGGUAGCUCAGACCCUUUGAUCAAACCCUCCAGCCCUGCCGUGUGCCCAGAGCCAUCUUCCUCUCCUAAACACGUCUCUUCUGUCACACCCCGAACUGGCAGUUCUGGAGCAAAGGAGAUGAAAGUCAAGGGGGCAGACACUAAAACCGGAACAAAGAUUGCCACACCCCGGGGAGCAGCCCCUCCUGGCCAGAAAGGCCCGGCCAAUGCUACCAGGAUUCCAGCGAAAACCACACCGUCACCAAAGACCCCGCCAGGCACAGGUGAAUCUGGAAAAUCUGGAGAUCGCAGUGGCUACAGCAGCCCCGGCUCCCCGGGCACCCCGGGCAGCCGCUCCCGUACCCCAUCCCUGCCAACCCCGCCCACCCGGGAGCCCAAGAAGGUGGCAGUGGUCCGCACCCCACCCAAGUCACCAUCUUCAGCCAAGAGCCGCCUGCAGACCGCCCCAGUGCCCAUGCCAGACCUGAAGAACAUCAGGUCCAAAGUUGGCUCCACUGAAAAUCUGAAGCACCAGCCAGGAGGCGGGAAGGUGCAGAUAAUUAAUAAGAAGCUGGAUCUUAGCAACGUCCAGUCCAAGUGUGGCUCAAAGGAUAAUAUCAAACACGUGCCAGGAGGCGGCAGUGUGCAAAUAGUCUACAAACCAGUGGACCUGAGCAAGGUGACCUCCAAGUGUGGCUCAUUAGGCAACAUCCAUCAUAAGCCAGGAGGUGGCCAGGUGGAGGUAAAAUCUGAGAAGCUGGACUUCAAGGAUAGAGUCCAGUCGAAGAUCGGGUCCCUGGAUAACAUCACCCACGUCCCCGGCGGAGGGAAUAAAAAGAUCGAAACCCACAAGCUGACCUUCCGUGAGAACGCCAAAGCCAAGACAGACCACGGGGCGGAGAUCGUGUACAAGUCUCCCGUGGUGUCCGGGGACACGUCUCCGAGACACCUCAGCAACGUGUCCUCCACGGGCAGCAUCGACAUGGUAGACUCGCCCCAGCUCGCCACACUAGCCGACGAAGUGUCCGCCUCCCUGGCCAAGCAGGGUUUGUGAUCAGGCCCCCCGGGGCGGUCAAUAAUCGUGGAGAGAAGAGAGAGAGAGUGUGGAAAAAAAAAGAAUAAUGACCUGGCCCUUCGCCCUCUGCCCUCCCCCAGCUGCUCCUCACAGAUCGGUUAAUCGGUUAAUCACUUAACCUGCUUUUGUCGCUCGGCUCUGGCUCGGGACUUCAAAAUCAGUGAUGGGAAUAAGAACAAAUUUCAUCUUUCCAAAUUGAUGGGUGGGCUAGGAAUAAUAAAAUAUUUUUCAAAACACUUUAAGAGACGACCACACCCAACAUUUCCUUGGGCAAUUACUUUUGAUUCUUUUUUUUUCCCCUCUGAGUAGAAGAGGGAGGAGAGGCUCUGAAAGGUGCUUUUGGGGAAUUUCAAGGGACUGGGGGAACCCUUCCUCUGGCUCCGUCCUGGGGGUGUCAAAGAGGCAGCGACAACAACAAAGGAUUUGACACUUGGUGGUUGGUGGAGCCACA